AUGUCCGAAUCAAACUCUCUUCUGGCCUUCUUCAGCCAGCAAAGCAACACGGGCGGCAUCAUUGUCAAAGAGCAACCCAAACUCGACCUCGACCUCUACAUCUCGAACUACACCGGUCGAACGAGAAUCGAUCGUCUCAUACAAAUCGGAAAGUCAUCAGUGCCGCUAUGCAUCGAUGCGCUCAAGCUCGCCAUAGCCGAGGCAAAGAAGGGCUCGGAUGUAUCGCAAUACGGCGAAGCUUGGAAUUGUCUCCGUACUGCGGCACCUCAAGAGCCAGAGGCUCAACUCGAAACAGAAUGGGUCGAUCGAGUUGAACGUGAGAACAAAGCCGAGACCGCACGUCUCGAAUCUCAACUUAAGCAGUACCGUCACAACUUGAUCAAAGAAAGCAUUCGAAUGGGCAACGAAGACUUGGGGCAGCAUUUUGAGAAAACAGGGAAUCUGGAAGCGGCAGCCGAAGCGUACAAUCGCAUGCGACAGGACGUCACAACCACCAAGCAUAUUAUCGACUGCGGCAUACACCUAGUCAAUGUUUACAUCGCCAGGCGUGACUGGACCAUGGUACUCAACAACCUUGGGAAGAUCAUCGGCGUUCAGAGCGGCGAAGAGGAACGAAUCUACCAACCUUAUACGAAGCUUGUAUCCGGUAUCGCGCUCCUCGGGCUGAAGCACUAUAAAGAGGCCGCCAACUCCUUUCUUCAAGUUGACUUCAGCCUGCCUCCAGCGCAAUACAACCACAUCGCCAGCCCUAACGACAUGGCAGUGUACGGAGGGUUACUUGCUCUGGCAACUAUGGAGAGGGACGAACUCCAGACUCGACUGUUGGACAACCAAUCAUUCCGUUCGUUCCUGGAGAAUGAGUCACACAUCCGCAAGGCCAUCAGCCUAUUUGUUAAUGGUAGAUAUUCAAACUGUUUGGCCAUUCUCGAAUCUGUUCGAAACGACUAUUUACUCGACAUUUACCUGCAGCGCCACAUCCCUACGCUUUACUCACAGAUUCGUAACAAGUGCAUCGUCCAGUACUUCAUUCCAUUCUCGUGUGUUACCCUUGAGAGCUUGAAUAAGGCAUUUGCAUCAGAAGGGGAGUCGGUUGAAACAGAACUUGUAACCAUGAUCCGCGAGGGAACUCUCAAGGCCCACCUUGAUGCAAAGAACAAAUUGCUUAUUGCUGUUCAGCCCAAUCCUCGGCUUGAGAUGCAAAAGCAGGCCCUUGACGUCUCUCGCCAGUACGAGCAAGAGGCGAAGGACAGGCUUCGUCGCAUGAACAUCAUUGCUGCUGGUCUGGAAAUUGUUGGUAAGAGACAACAGCAUUCCGGUCAAGCCGGUCGUGGAAUCGACGAGCAGUGGUACGAUGAUGCCAGAGCAUCUGUUCAGCAAAACAAAGUUGAAGAGGAUCAGUGA